UCGUGUUCCUCUCUCUGUCUACUUCGUUAGCUAACGCACACAAACAUGUCUGGUCUCUCCAAUGGCCUCGCCGCUUCAUCCUUCAACAUCCCCACCAUCAAGUUCACCAAGCUCUUCAUCAAUGGAGAUUUUGUUGACUCCAUUUCAGGAAAAGAGUUUGAGACAAUAGAUCCAAGAACAGGGGAAGUAAUUGCAAGGAUAGCAGAGGGAGCAAAGGAAGAUAUUGAUGUUGCUGUGAAAGCGGCACGUGUUGCUUUUGACAAUGGUCCAUGGCCACGCAUGCCCGGCGCUGAAAGGGCAAAAAUUAUGAUGAAAUGGGCAGAGCUAAUUGAUCAAAACAUAGAAGAAAUAGCAGCAUUAGAUGCUAUUGAUGCUGGAAAGUUAUACCAAUGGUGCAAGGCUUAUGAUAUUCCUGGAGCAGCAAGUACUAUACGUUAUUAUGCUGGUGCUGCUGAUAAAAUUCAUGGAGAGGUAUUAAAACCAGCUCGAGAUUUGCAUGCAUAUACUUUGCUUGAACCAAUCGGUGUAGUAGGACACAUUAUUCCCUGGAAUUUCCCUAGCACCAUGUUUGUUGCCAAGGUUGGUCCUGCUUUGUCUGCUGGUUGCACCAUGGUCCUCAAGCCUGCUGAACAAACACCUCUCUCUGCUUUGUUUUAUGCUCAUCUAGCUAAGUUGGCUGGAAUUCCAAAUGGGGUGCUCAAUGUAGUACCUGGAUUUGGCCCAACUGCAGGUGCUGCAAUAAGUUCACACAUGGAAAUUGAUAAGGUCAGCUUUACUGGUUCAACAGAAGUAGGCCGUGAAGUAAUGCAUGCCGCAGCUAGGAGUAAUUUGAAACCAGUUUCACUUGAAUUAGGAGGCAAAUCACCCCUCCUGAUUUUUGAUGAUGCUGAUAUAGAUAAAGCUGCUGAGCUUGCUCUCUUGGGCAUCCUAUUCAAUAAGGGAGAAAUUUGUGUUGCAGGUUCCCGUGUGUUUGUUCAGGAAGGAAUCUAUGAUGAAUUUGAGAAGAAGUUGGUGGAGAAAGCAAAAGCUUGGGUAGUUGGGGAUCCUUUUGAUCCCAAAGUUCAGCAAGGGCCUCAGGUUGACAAGAAGCAAUUUGAAAAAAUUCUUUCUUACAUUGAGCAUGGAAAGAGAGAAGGGGCCACUCUUUUGACAGGGGGUAAUAGAGUGGGCAACAAGGGUUACUACAUUGAGCCUACAAUUUUCUCCAAUGUUAAGGAGGACAUGCUUAUAGCACAGGAUGAAAUUUUUGGUCCUGUGAUGGCACUGAUGAAGUUUAAGACUAUUGAGGAAGCAAUUAAGAGUGCUAACAAUACCAGAUAUGGCUUAGCAGCAGGCAUUGUGACUAAGAGCUUGGAUACAGCAAACACUGUUUCUAGGUCCAUUCGUGCAGGGAUUGUUUGGAUCAAUUGCUACUUUGCCUUUGGGAAUGAUAUUCCUUAUGGAGGGUACAAGAUGAGUGGAUUUGGAAGAGACUUUGGAUUAGAAGCCCUACACAAGUAUCUACAAGUUAAAUCUGUUGUAACUCCCAUUUACAACUCUCCUUGGCUUUGAAUAUCUUUUGUGUGGGAUUUGUAGGAAUAAACAAUAGUGAACAAAAUCGAUCCUUUACAUAUAUACUUCACCAAAGCAAUAAAAGUGUAGCAUCGUAUGUUACAUACAACCAAUU